AUGUGAAAAGAUGGCAAACCAAGAAGCCCUUUCAGAAGUAUGGGCAAUGAAAUCUAUCUUUAUAGAGAUAUAGAGUGUACUGAAAAAGAAAAGUUUAGAACAUCUCAACAAGAUUUGAAAGUGUAUGAAAAGAGCACUAUUUCCUCAAGAGCCAGGUCUCGAAAGGCUCUCAGAAAACUGGAAGAAGUUAUUGAAAGAGAUUCACGGGGAGAAAUAGAAAAAGAAAUUACUGAUCUAAACUGGGCUCUUACUUUUGCAAAGUGUUGUCAAAGUGAUAAACAGUCUAUCACAGAUUAUAUUAGUGAACAGAAGGAGCUGUUUCUACUAGAGUAUGCUGUUAAGAUAAAGCAAUGCACUAUGUCAAAGCUGGAGAAAAUGGCAGCGAAAGAAGAGAGGAGAGCCAAAAUAGCUGAAACAAAGCUGGAAGAAGAUACAGUUGCAUUUGAGGAGUUUCUCAGAGAAAAUGACAGAAGUUCUAUAGACGCCCUUAGACUGGCAACUCAAGAGGCGAAAUCUAAAUUGGAAGUUGCAGAUGAAGUGAGGUUAGCAAUGAAUGAGGUGUUCUCUCUUAAAAGUGAAAUUGCAUACACUGAAGAUCUUCUGAGACUGUAUUUAUCCUAUGAAGCUUUUUUGCUAAGUAUUUCUCCUAAGGAGUGGCAAGAACAGCAGCUAGCAAAAAAGAAGAACUGGAAAAAAGAAAGAAAAAGAGGCCAAUCAAAAUCUUUUAUUUCUAUUUCCGGUCAUGAAAAAAGCAAGCUAUCAGCCUCUUUCUUAUUACAGAAUACAACAGCCAAAGGGACACACAGUAAAGAUCAACUCCAUGGCAAGAAAACAGGGAAAUCAGCCUCAGUAAUUUUUGUUGACCUCGAGGAGAAAAAGAGAAGCCCACACAGCCAAGCAGGUGACUAUAGGUUCUUUAGAAAGCCAUCAAGACAAGCACUGAGCCACAGAUUAUCCUUGGAAAUGAAAAAAAAGGGAUCAACAAGCUGUGAAAGAAGUCUCUCUCUCGCUUCAGAGGAUGAAUUUUCCUUGGAAGACAUACAAAGUGAUGAGGAACCAGAGAUUUAUUUCAAAGACCCAGAAGAAUUACUUCAGAUGAUCCACCAUCUUGAGGAACAGAAUCUUUCACUUUUUCAAAACAUUCAAGAAAUCAGUGGAACUUUGGAAGAUAGACACCAGACAGAAAAUGCCAUUUGCCAGCAAAUGGAACAAAAACUUAAGAGCCUACUAGAUGAAGAAAGAGCUCUUGCAGCAGCUUGUCUCAGAGAAGAGGGAAAAAGUGCAGAAGUGGCAUUGAAAGCCAAAGUGUUUUCUUCAGGAGAAUAUGAUCCAGCAUCCACGGAUAAAAUGCUGAAUUCACUUAAUAAAAAAAUAGGAGAGGUAUACAAAGACUGCUAUGGAGCAGAUGAAGUAUCCAACAUGACUUCAUUUUACAUGUUGAAAAGAAUAGAAAUUCGGGUUUCAGAACUUUGUGAGAUGCUGGAAGCACUUCCAAAAGAAUACCUCGAUACUUUUGAAACAAUUGAAAAACUCAGGGCAAAAGAAAGACGAAAAAGAGUACGUGAAGACAAAUUGAAAGAACUGAGAAGAAUCCAAGAAGUGAGGCUGAAACAUGCUCUUGAGAGAGCAAUUGCUGCACCAAAGAAAAGGGAGGGAAGAAAACUGAUAUAUCGCUCACAGCCUCCAGAGAUUAGACGGAGAGAGAAAAAUGUCAUUGAUUUAACAACAAGAAGUGAAGAUGAUUACUAUUUUACUUGA